ACCUCCACUGCUGUUUAUACUGAUGUGGAAAGUGCUACAUGACUGAUGACAAGUCUUAUAUGACUGAUUUGUCUGCAUCAGCAUAUUCUUAUAAAGAUUUAACUGGUGAUAAAUAAAACGAUAGGUGCACUAUAAAACAUUUGGCUGGUCAUCACAUACACCAAUACUUGAAAACAUCUUUUAUAGGCAAGAUAUGCUCUUAUGUUGUAGUUUUUCAUAUCUAUCGCUUUUAUUGGUAAGCUUGAUAAAAACGGUUGGCUAUUGUGAAUUUAAAAAAAUGAAAGGAAACACUCAUGGCUUGGUUUGGUUUUAUAAUGCCUUACUAGGCUUUAUAAUACUUGCAAAAAACAAAGCACAGGUUUCCAAAACAAAGACCACAGAUUCAAUAGACAAUGGGAUUAAAAUACAUAAUAAAAUAAGCUAAAUUAGAAUUUUUCUGCUUUUCUCAGCUUGAAAUAACAAAAAUAGUUAAGACGACAAUAAUUACACAUAUAAUUAAGAUUUUAAGCCUAACAAAAACUUUUUACAGUAUAAUUGUAAAAAGAUAAUCACAAAAUUAACAUUAUUGCAGUAUUUCCUUCCGUCUUUGUGCUUCAUGAUGAAGCAAUAGGAGCCUGUUAUUCAAAGCAGUGAUGUGUUUAACUAAGAUUUGUUCCUCAGAGCUGCAGGUGCUAAAUAAAAGAAUCAGAAGGGAUGCACCUGGGGCACGCAUUUGAAUCCACUCAUCAUUAUUCAUCUUUCUUUGCACAAAUAUUGCACACUGUGGUUGCAUCCCAUUUUUUAGGGAAUUCUCUCCAACCUUUUUUAUUUUUUAUUUUUUAUUUUUUUGAGUCUCUACAAUUUAUGACCUUCUGCCCUGCGUCGCUCUUACUUCUUCCACAUGUCAUGUUGGAGUGUUGCCAGCAGAGGGCACCACCGCUUUUAAACUUACUGUCAUACACAAGAAGCUACCUCUUUUAAACCUUGAUUUUUUGAUUUGUUUUGAUGUUAUCUCCCAAGCAGAUCAGACAAAAAGAUGCAAAUUGCUUUACAUCAUUGAAUAUUCCUUCUGCAUGUAGCUUCUCAGCUUGAUAAGGUGUCUUAAAGCAGGUCACAGCAAUUGAUAUUUAAGAUAUCUGUUUUAACUCUGUCUUUGAAAGACAUUUGGGAAAUGUUAUUGCACCGAGUGGCAGUGAAGUAGCUUUGAAAGACAUCUGGGGACUGUUAAUCCACUGAGAAACACUGAAAUUCAUUAAACAUCAAAGCAACUGACAACUUUUUUGUGAAGAAGAAUUGUAUCUGUGCAGAUCUGUGUAUAACUAUCUCUAAAUAAAAUCCGAAGCAGAAUCUUGCCUCCAGCUAGAGGCAUGUUGUCUGUCUUGUAAAUACUUUUCACUUAUGCAUUGUGGGACAUCAUGUGGGUCACAGUUACUUAUCCAAGAGGACACUGGCCCAUUUUUAAAGACAGUCUUGCAAAAGUCACAUGGCUUGGAUAGAGGCUUGAGGAUAGCAAUGCCUCACCAUCAGCCACCAACCACGAGAUCACAGGGAAGACCAGAAACAGGGGGAAUUCAACAAAGAAGAUUUCUGAAGCAGUAAGUGACUCAUGGACUAACAUGGAUAAUCUGCUCAUUAGCGAUGCUCUAUCAUUUGUAAGGCCUUUUUUCAAACAUUGCGUGGUGACUUGCAUAAACCCAAGAUUAGACGGCUUGAUCAUUAAGAUACUAAAUGUUAAUGAUGUUCUUUGUUUAAAUAGUGAUCUUGUUACGUCAAGCAUUGCAUCAACAAGUGUUUGUUUUUUCUUUGAGCCCGCCCACCCUUCUGUCUCUUUCCAUAUCCCUCUCUCUGUACUGGAUGUUCAGCCCUUGUGCUCAGUAACUCUUUUGUUCACAAAAGCAUCCCUCACAUUACUACAUGCCUGACUGGAGACAGUACCCACUAGCACCUAGUUUAUAUCAAGACAGAGAGUGUUUACUUCCUAAGCAGCAAGGACUGAGGAGAUUCGGAAGCAAGUGAAAAAGGAUGGUUUGUCAGUAUCUGAUUGAUAACAAAGAUGACCUCGAGUAUUGUUGUAGCUACUAAUUCCCUGACGUGCACUUCUGGCAUGCCUCAUGGUAAGAAGUCCAAUUAAGCCAGGGGAUUCUCAUCAAUACCUUCACUAUAAAAGGCUUUUAUCGUGGGCUGAAACUCGAGAGCUGUGAGUGGUUACCUGAGCUCCAGAGGCAUGACUCUCCGCAGGCCAGCUGCCCACCUACGAAGAGCUCCGGCCUGGAGGAGAUCGGGAGAUGAGUCCUACUGGGAGAGCUUAAUAUCAGACGGGGAGGUUUUGCCCCGUGUCUCUCGCCCCCCACAUGCACGUCGGCCCCAGAGUGCCAUUGAAGGAGGCCAGCUGGACAGCUGGCUAGAGCACCUGCAGAGGAUGCAGAGCAACGUGCUCAGAGCCCCAGUUCAUCAGGUUCCAGCUUUCAGUGAUCGGACAACAUCUAUGCCUGCUCUUGACAAGCCAACCGGACGUGCCUGGAGACAGCCCGGGAUCCCUUCCUUCAGCAGGGGUUCGUCCUCAUGUGGGAGUCCCAGCUUGUGUGAGAGUUCGCUGGGUAGCCAGGACUCCAUCCAAACUGGGUUUGUUUCUCCUCCAGAGUGCAGAGGAAGCUGGGAGAGGGCUCAUAUCAUGCAGGCCCCAAGGAAGGAGCACGUUCAACUGUGUUCUCUUGCUCCAGUCAAAAUUGGGUGGCUGCCUAUCCAAAGAAAAGUGAUUGUGGCUGAUUCUUGCCACCAAAACCAGUUUUUGGACCACUCUGCUGGCCAGGUGAAACUGAAACAGUCCAUCACUCCAACAUUUCAGAAGAAUAGAGCAACAGCCAAUAGCAACCAGGAUGGAGAGGUUGACAGAAGUUAUGCUGGUCCGAGCGCUUUGGGUGUGAAGACGUGGCAGACACCAGAUCAAGGCUCUCUAAUUAUUAAAAAGACUCCUACACAUUCUGACUCCUCAUUUACAGUGCCAGAAAAACUAAGCUUUCCUGCAAACGAAGGGGACAGACCAGUAGGCUGGCAAGCUCUAAGGAGAGGCUGGAUUACCAACAGGGUGUCAGCUUUCCCUGGAGGCAGUCAGACCAAUGAGCUCCCCACAGAGACCAGCUUAGUCCCCAACAGGAAGCCCCCUCUGAUGAAAACAGCCAGCACAGAGCCCCUCAAGCAUACUUUUGCUGAUCCCUGCAAACCACACACUCUACUGCAAGGGACAAACAGCACAGAGACACACAAGUCGUAUUCUCCUUUGUAUAGGACAAGCAAUGUUCAGCCUAUAAGGGCAACAGCCCCGCUAUGUAGAACAAACAGUAGUUCACAGCCCUCACACAUACAGACAAGCUCUGCUGUGACUACAAUCAUUCCUCAGCACAAAGCCGGCUUCUCCUCCAUCACCAUCUCCUCCAAGAAAGUGAGCAGAUCGGCCAGUUUACCUGGCUCCCACACCUGCAACCACUCUUCCCAGUCCAGCAAAGUCGCUUCUACGCAACUAUCCCACCAGUCCAUGGACCCAAACUCCACUCAGGUCACAGUGCAGAGGAAAGCCAUGAUAGUCAAAGUGACAGAACAAAGCAUGGUGUCCAGCCCUGUCCUCAGCACAAAAAGGGCGGGAACCCCACCAGCUAGCCAUGCUUUGGACACAGUGGUCCACAGAAGAAAGGCUACCAUCAUCAAAGUGACAGAGCACAGGGAGAGCUACAGUCCAGCCAGGGUCGGAUCUGAGACGAGGCACCCAGAGUACAGACACAGCUACACAGAGGGAGUGUACAAGGAAAACAGCAUGUGGAGUCAGGGAAACCAUUCACAACACAAUGCAGCAUCUUCAUAUCACCAUCUGGAAUCCACAAAGAGGUCAAACUCUGCUGUAGCACCAAAUACAUCCAUUCCAGAUCCAGAGAGAAACAGUGGAACACUACACAGGUCCACAAUGACACUUUUUGUGAGCACCUCCCCUACAGUAGCACCCACUCCCUCAGAGGUUUCUCCAAAGGCUGUUGGACAGAGAUCGGACAGGCCGCACAGACCGCUGAGCUGCUAUGGCAAUGUGUUUGGACACACUGAGCAAAGCAAGGAGAAUGUGACACAACCAUCUGCCAGGAAAUUGAGCUUUGGGCUUCCACAAGAGACCAAUAUCAACCCUGUGAACUCCAACAGUAGUUUCAUCAGCCCUCGACCAGCAGUGAAAAAAGCAGGUCAGCAAGUGGCAGACACCCUUAUGCCGAACGGAGGCGGGAAAGAAAGACUGCCGCCAGAGAAUGCUGUGAGGAGAGCGUCUUCCUGUCUAACUCUGAUCAAGGCCCCGGAUCCCCACUCACAUCAGUCUCCAGAAGAAGUGCUAGCCCUCAACGCAGCUGCGAUCAUAGCAAAUAUCAAACUCCAAAGACAACUUAGCAAGAAAAAAACAACAAAUGGCAAUUCUGAGAAGCACUCCACUGCAUCACCCCAGGGAAAUACUGUGAGAGAUGAGGGGAAAUGUAUGAAGCCACAUCCAGAUCAAAGCCCAGUCCAGCACCACAACCAGCCUCAUGCUACAUUUGUUCCAAUGAGUCUUGACCCUGAAAGGUCACCUGAAACUAUUUCUCUACAGGAAGCACUGCAGAGGUCCAGACCAGACUUCAUCAGUCGUUCCCAGGGCAGAUUGCAAGAGCUUGAGCGAAGGGCACAGGAGAGGAGGGAGCUGGCGGAUUCAGUAGACCCACAGUCGGAUGCUGCUCAGAUGAGAGCCCACAGGGCCCGAUCCACCGCUCUAAGCGAUAACCUUUUCAAAUCCAGAGAUAGAGCCAUUACUGGGAAAGAGAUGCAGCUCAAAUCUAAGCGUACCCUUGCAGCGGUGAAGAAGCAAAAAGAGGAAAAGAAGAAGAUGGAGGUGUGUUUGAGCAACAGACAGCGAGUUGAACUCUUCAAAAAGAAACUGUUGGAUCAGAUUCUUCACAAGAGUAAAUCUGAAUGACUGACAAAAGUGAACUCUGCCCUUUGACAGUGCUGAAUAUAAAUUAAAAAAACAAUGUUGAUCAUGAUUUAACUAACUGUCCUUUUGGCCUUGUUUUUCUCUAAUGUAUUUGCUUAACAUUUGAGUCACAGAGCUUAAUAUCUGUUUUUCUUAAAUAUAAAUACACGGCAAUCUUUAAAAAACCUAGAAGGUCAUUUAACAUCACUUACUGCUGUUUUGAAGGUUUUUCCAUGGCCAUCAAAGACUCUUCUGGGGGAAAAAAAUCUGAUGCACAAAGGUGGUUGGCGAAAAUGGUUGGCAAAAGUGACGCAUCUCCACCACAUAAAUAUAAUGUUAACGCUGAUAAAUGAGCCAACCUGAUAAUAAAGCGUUUUUAUUUUGUUAAUAUGUCCAGAUAUAUGUCCAUCUUUGUUUAGAUAAAGAAGCAGUUUGGGACAAGUUAAGUGUGUUAAAGUCAUAUGCAGUAUAAUAGUAUGACUAAAUAUAUUUGAAGCACUUGGGUGGAGGACUCCUUAAGGAUUCUGGAAAUACCUUAAGAACAAGGGUUGUUAAAUGACCUUCUGGGUUUCUGAAAGAUUGCCAUAGUUCUGUCUUUUGAGGAAAACGGAUAUCUCUGUGACUCAGCUGUCCUAGCUGCCCUUGGAUGCAAUUACAAAUGAAGGUAGCCAAAAUGAAUGUACUGCAUGAAAUCACGUCUCAACACUCUGCUUUGGUUGUCAUCAAAUGUCAGAUUGAACCUUAUGAACACACUGACUGAUAGGCUUUUGAUGCAACAUCUAAACCAGCAACGCAUGCUGUUUAUCAGUGUUAUCAAGUUUUCACUUGAUUGCAAAUUGCCUUUCUUUCCAGAAUACUUCAUGUAAUGGGAUGCAGAGUAACCUCUCACUGCACGAUAAAGCACUGAUGUCCUCACGCAGCCACUUUCACAUGAUCUCAUGUGAUGUGAAGCAGUGAUAUAAGACAGAAUCAUUUAUUAUGCUUCACAGUCUCAUCCAGGACAGUCUUCAACCAUCGCCCUCAUUAUACAACCAAUAAGCAGAAAGAAGCCUGAAGUGGGCUCUGCCGUCAUUCAGUGCCAGCCAUUAGCUGUAAGAUGGAGGAAUGUGUGACCUCUUCUGGGUGGAAAUGCCCUCUUAAUGGACAGUGCCGAUCUGAAUGGAGCUUUUGUCUCUGUCUUUGUCUCAUGAUGGACUGGGUGCUGCCAUUGCAGAUUUAGAUUUGUGUGUUUUGACCCAAAGUGAAAGUGCUGCUCGGCAACAUGAUAGAGCCGGGCAUAAAUUAAAAGUGAGAGUGUGAAUAUUUAUUUUUUGGGUAAUACACUGAGAAGACACUCUUUUCAUUAUUAAUUAAUUGUUUUUUUGCUCAUUAGCCUUUAAGAUGGAAUUCUUUUAUAGUCUUAACUGUUUCAUCCAUCUUAAUUUGCACUGAUGACUUGGAGAAGAGAGAAGAUUAUUGCUACUGACUAUUUUUGUAAACCUUAUUUCAUGACAGUGCACAUUUAUCGUGUAGGUGUAUGUGGACAGUAGGAGAUUAUUAGUAACAUUACUCACAUAGAUCAUAAUUGUUUCUUCUUUCUAAAAUGUAAAUGUAGACUAGAAAGUAGAAAACAACAACUCUGAACCAUAAUUGCAGCUUGAAGGUUAUUUACUGUGUUUUCUCUAUUCAACUUUACAAAGGUUUCACUAUGCAAUAUAACAUAAAAAAUACUGCAAUCUUUGUACUUCAACUUUAUGUAUUUUAUAUUUUGAAUUUAAUAAUAUGUAUUUUUAUUUGGGUUGUGUUUAGAUAUCGUGUUUGAUUUUCUUCCAGAUGUGACCAUAAAUUUUCUCAAAG